AUGGCCGGCCUCAUCCGUUUGUCCUCCGAUUCCCUCCCGGUGCUGUUGUUCCUUCUGCUGUCGGCAUCAUCGCCUCUCCUCUCGCAUUCGGAAAUCCAGCUUGGCGGCGAGGAACAAGAACAGUAUGCUUCAUCUCCUCCUAGUGAUUCGCCCCACCCGGCUCGACUCGCGGGGAGUUAUUUCCCUGGAGAAUUUGCUCUCCCAAGUUUUGUCGCGAGUUUGAUUAAGUUUCGUCUUCCUGGACAGGAAUUCUUCCAUCGAUGGCUUCGAUCCCACUCGGAUCACCCAGCUUUCCUGGCGGCCUCGGUAAGGUCCUCAUCCUUGGUACUCUCCGAUCAUCUCCCUCCUCUUUCGGUUUUUCCACUGUGAUUAAUCUCCGUCGUGCGCAUGAUUUCUGAGAAUUUUCCUUUAUAAUCGAUUUUUGCUCGUCCGCCUCCGCAGGGCCUUCUUGUAUGAGGGGUUCCUCUCCCACGAGGAAUGCGACCAUAUUAUCGAGAUCGUGCGUUCCUCUGCUCGACGAUUGCUGCUCAGUUCUUUAUACACUUCACCCCGUUGACUAAAAGAGAGCCUGUAUUUCACUGUGGAGCAGGCAAAGAACAAGUUGGAGAAGUCAAUGGUAGUCGACGACGACACCGGAAAGGCCGUCAUGAGUGACGUGAGGACCAGCUCUGGCAUGUUCCUCGAGAAAAAACAGGUGGGCCCAAAAUAUUUCUCCCCAUAUUUCUCCUCCCUCCAACUUGUCGAUUACAGAUCGAUUGCCGUAGUCACCGAUCUUCCGUAUGUUCAUCAAAACGCUGGAUCGUGCGGCCCUGUCGACCCAUUCCAGCCAACAGACAUGAACUGCACUUAAUCUGUUCUAGUUCUGUAGUUUUCCGUCUCCGCACUAGAAACGUCUCUCGAACGCUAGAGGAGACGCUGCUAGUUUCGGUCCUAGUUUGGUUUAAAAGUGGACGAUCUUGAGUUGAAAUCUGAGGAUUAAUGUUCGUAGAAAUUAGCAGCCUCUUAAUCGACCGUGUUGAUUGAGAACAUGAAUCUUGGAGUUGACUUUGCUUCUGUCUGCUCUUCUACAGGAUGAGAUUGUUGCGAGGAUCGAGCGGCGGAUUGCCUUGUGGACCUUCCUUCCCGAAGGUAGUAUCUUCCUGGGAAUUUCGUUCCUGGCAGUUUUGAAAAGUAUUAUCUUGCAAUCGCGCCUGAUAAGUUAUUUCUUCAGAAAAUGGUGAAUCCAUUCACGUCCUCCGCUACAAACGAGGCCAAAAGUACGAGUCACACUUUGACUACUUUGUCGACAAAGUCAACAGAGAAAUUGGUGGCAAUCGAUACGCCACCGUCCUCAUGUACCUCUCGGAUGUUCAGAAGGGAGGGGAGACCGUCUUUCCAAACGCAGAGGUCGGUGGCUGUCUCUCUGAUCAACAUCUAGACUGCAUGCACAUCACCGCUGAGGAGAUGUACUCUCAGCGAUCAACAUCUUCCUUGCCUGACUCGCCACCCAAAACAUUUCAGGGAAAGCAUCAUCAUGAAGAAGACGACUCCUGGUCAGAGUGCGCAAGAAAUGGCUACGCAGGUCUGUUGACUACUCCAAAAAACUCGAAUGCCUCGUAAAAUCAUUAGGGUUUUCUCGAUUAUCUUCUUCUAUUCGAGGGGGGGUAUGAUUGUAGGGUUUACCUGCUCAUUUGAGAAGAUUUGGCUUCUAACGACUCGCUUUGUGCCGGCCGGCAGUGAAACCCAAGAAAGGAGAUGCGUUGCUGUUCUUCAGCCUCCGCCAUGACGCGACAGCCGACGCCGCCAGCCUGCACGGCAGCUGCCCCGUAAUAGAAGGCGAGAAAUGGUCGGCAACCAAGUGGAUCCAUGUGAGGCCCUUCGAGCUCCCCAGGCGGAGAGGGGGCUGCGUUGACGAAGACCUCAAGUGCCCGCAGUGGGCGGCGGCGGGAGAGUGCCAGAAGAACCCGCUCUACAUGGUGGGCUCUGAGAGUUCGCUCGGAUUUUGUCGGCGGAGUUGUAAGGUAUGCUCGUCAUAG